AGUAACGUCUGGAUAGGUGUGGCUUAGUGAUUUCAUAUUUAAAUUGUUCUUUGGCCAGUAUUAAGAAUUUAUUUCGUGCGGUAAACUUUAGCCGAAGCUUGAAAAUGUCAGCGAUGGUAGGAGGAACUGGAGAAGUUCGCGAACCAGACGAAAAUAUUCAUCAGAUUACUAGAGAAAUAAAAAAUGAAGUUCAGUCUAAAACAGGUCUUCUGUUUGAAGAGUUUGUCCCUCUAAAGUAUCGAAGUCAGUUGGUAAAUGGGACAAAUUAUUUUAUUAAGGUGAAAUAUGGACCCAACCAACAUAUGCAUUUGCGUGUCCACAGGAGUUUCCAGGGUGCUGUAACUCUUGCUGCAUUCCAAUUGGAUAAAACAUUGGAGGAUGAAUUGGAGUACUUCCAAUAAAAACUUAAAUGGGAUUUUUUUUCAAGCUGGGUUUAUUUCAAAGUAAAUUAAAAAAAAAAACUAUUAUGCAGAAGUAUCUUAAAUAGUUAUGGUUACUCAGAAAGUGUAUCAAAAGGAAAAUGCAAUUAUUUUUUUAUGUAAUUUAUUUGUGCUAUUUAUACUAAAAAAUUUAACUUUCUUAGAUGGAUUUCUUUUUAAUUGAAAUGUAUGUUAUCAUUUGUAUUCAACAUAUGUUUUACUAUAAAACACAUUUUGUUUCAUGAUAAAAGUAAAACUUUAUGCUAUAUAUAUGUAUUAUUAUUAUAUACUAUAUAUAUAUAUGUAUGUAUGUAUGUGUAUAGUAAAUAAUAAUUAUUAGUCAAGAUUUUUUAAGGCCCUCGUAAAUUAAUAGGGCAUUUUGGCAGUUAAGAAUUCAGUGUAUUUUUUGAAUGAGAAAAAUAAAUAUUUUUAUAGAAGCA